CGCGUUUCAGUUCAGUUUAGUUACACUUUAAUCACUCACGACGUCGGACGAGUUCGGUCUUGGCUUGGAUUUGCGUGUUUCGCUCGGUUUUUUUCUGUGUUGUCUCUACCUUUUUCAGAGUGCUCGUCGCUUCUCGACAUCCGAUCAAUUGUGGAGGAUUCAGUUUUUUCCUCAUCAAUUGGCUCAGAAAGAAAAACAAAAAACAGCACAAGUGCGCGCGCGUUACUCGUUCAUCUCCCCCCGCGAAAUCGCUCUCAGCCAGGGUGUGCUCCUUACUUCCGUUUGAAUAUUUGCCUACCCAACGUCUCGUCGCACCCAGCUGACGGUCACGUUUGCAACUAAGCGUGUACGAACUUCAGCAACACAUUGCCCAGGAAAAAUUGAAUACAGUGUGAAGCGUGAAAAAUUUCACGACUAGGUGUUUGUUUUAUUCAAUCUUUGACACAGAGUAUUGAUCAACCAUGACCACAACCCGGGAGCGGAGAGAGGAAUAUCACACGAAUGUGGUACGAUCGUUGGGUCCUGCUGGACCCCUUUCACCCGGCACACACACCAAUCGAUUCGACAGAAAUUUAGAUAAUCUGCUGGAGGACUUGCAGGCCAGCGUAUCUCGGCCAGGAAGUUCCCUUGGGCAGCCGAUGCUUGGGGGUGGAGGAGGUGGAAGUAACUAUACAACCACCCGGGAAGUCCAGUAUUUGCAGCCGGCCAAUGUCACUACCGUGGUCCGGGAAAGAUCCACCAGUCCCAGCAUGCAGUCGAGCAAAGUAUACAAGACGGCCAAAUACGAGUACAAGACCAGCAGCAGCAGCAGCAGUGGAGGCAACACCGGAGUCGUUGGAGGAACCAGAAGUGGCCAAGGCCUUACGGAGGGCGUCUCCGAUGUCUACCAACGCAACAUCAAUCAACUGGAUAGUUUGCUGAACGAUUUGGAACGGGAGCGGGACUCAUCACUGGAUCGAAGCAGAAGUCUAAGCAGAACUGGGAUCGAUUCGUCAUAUGAACCUGGUUCCAGGGUGGUCGAAACAACACACACCUAUUCCAGCAAUCGAAACCCGGUAGCUCGCGAACUGGUAUUCGAUUCUCCCGGAAGCUACGAAGUGCGUCAAUCCCGAUCCAGACGCCGAAGUCCAUCGUAUGAAAACGCUUCAACUACCGUAAAGAACGUCUCCUACAGCUCCGACACCAACAACGGCAUCUACGGCGGCAUAAAUCGUUCCCGAACGGUCACUCCAGUGCGCACCGAGCAGUAUUACACUGAAACGCGAACGGCCACACCCAAUUCGGAGCUUACUUUACCCAGAAAUGUCCACUACAACGAAACGGUCACCGUGGAUUCGGCACCGGCCUCCAAAGCUCUGGCCAAUAUCCCACUCUCGGAUGAUAUUCUGCCACGACCCAACACAAAGGUUACAACCACAGUACGAACCUAUACCUAUCAGCUUCCCCCGGAUAGUGAACUGAAUCAAACGUUGUCGUAUCGCAAUGAAGCUUUCAGUCAAACGAGCAAUACUCUCCCGGUAGCCUAUCCGGAACGUGACGUUUCGCCCUCUAGACAUGUGAGCCCAAGCCACAAAACGGUCCUGGUCAAAAAUGAAACCAUCAAUACUUCGAAUAAUGUGCAAGAAUAUCCGGUGACCACCAUUAUCGACCAUCAGCUUCCGCCAAACACCGCGAAAUCGAUCUAUUACAAGAAGGACACCAAACACUCUACCACAAACUACUAUCCGGCACAUCCAAAUGGAACCGGACCGUAUCCUCCGCAGUCUCCGAACAGCUUCCGUGCCAUUGAAGGACCUCCGUCAGGCCCUAAUACCUACAUCUAUCGGGAGGAACGUCACAACACGACCAACAAUCGGUACGGAUCUCCGGUACCGAACGGGGACUAUCCGGAUCGUGCCGGUCAUCCUCCACCAGCACCACCCACGACCGUAACGUACAAAUACAGCUCGACCACGACCAAUGCCACUCGGAAUGUGUUCCCACCGCCACCGGAACGGGAACCGCUGCUGCAGCCCUUCCCCACUGAUGGGAUUCCACAGAGCGAAAUCGAUGGAAAUCCACCGAAGCGGGUUGAGGAUCUGAUGGCCACACUUGGAGAGAACGGCCAAAUAACGUACAUGUCUAAGCACAGCCACACGGAGAACGGAACCGGACCACGCCAUCGAGGAGGACCAGGAGCAGGAGGACACCCGCGGGAGCAAUCGCCUCCGAAGGUGACGAUCGUCGAGGAACCCCUGGUCGACAGUAAAGCUGCCCCGCCGGCGAAUUCCAAGAAUGUGGCCGGCCCACCCGUUUACUAUCCCCCGGGGCACGAAAUGUUCGCCAAGAAGGAGAGCGAAGCGGCCGCAUGGCGAGCUCAGGGUGAGUACGCCAAAGCGAGCGGAAAGUACAUGUACGAGGCUGAAAGUAAAUCGAAAACAUCCUCCAAAUCCGGUGCUGCCGUCGUUCCGGUUUGUCUUCCCUUGUGCUGUGCCAUGCCGUGCAGCAUCAUGUGAACGAGUUCGCGCGAGAAAAGAAGAAGGCGGCACGGAAUGCAAACAUCAUUGCCAUUCAAUGGGUUUUCGGUGGCGCGAAGUGGAGCGCACGUGGAUUUUUCCUGGAGCAGCCACGGUGAAAUUGAAUGGAAACACGUUCUACUUAAAUUAUUAACCAAGUUAACAACAUUUCUCAAUCCCGAGCAAGCAAGAUUCUCUUUCGAUCGCGCUGAAGAGAAGACACGUUUAGGCUAGCAAUUUCUUCAAAGUGCCAUUCGUAGCCGACUUUAUUGAUUUUUGUACUUCAACCUAUCCACAUCCCCCUCCAGAACACAAACUCAAUGCAAUCAUAACAUGAUAGUGAGUAGAUGGACUAAUAUUUUUCAGAGAGAACAAAAAGUUGAUUUUACUAUAUUGAACCCUCAUGAGCGAAUCGUGGAACCACUGAAAUAUUAAGUAUUUAUAGAUGAUGAAUCACGCUUCAAACCUAUCAUUUAAAACAAAUAUCACCACUCUGUACCAAUUAACGAUAUUAUUAUGGUUAUCCUUAUUACUUAAUCGUUGUUACUAUUGUAAAACAAUCUAAUAUCGAAAAAUUGGAAAUAAAGUUUUGCGGUUCCGA